AUGAGUCGAUCCGGAUCAAAAUGUUCCCACGCAUCCUUGAUGGCUCCGAUUAUCGUCUCUACAGAGCUCAUUCACUCGAAGGGCAGAGCAGUCGAAGGCGUCAUCGAGGAAUGCCAUAGACUGCGAAAGGAAGUGUUCCAUCUAGAGCAGGUCCCGCUUUCCGUUCACUCAGCCUAUGCUGCUCCUCACCCACUUCCUCAGGGAUUCCCGCUUGACACUGAGUUUGACGAGGUGGAAGACUUGGCGACUCAUUUCUUGUUGCGCGUCACCGAAGAGGAUCCUGACACGUCGAUCCGCACCGUGAAAUCCGUCGGCACGAUCCGUGGAACGACGCCCGAGAUCUACCCCGCUAUCAAUCGGUACAAACUAUCUCGAUUGGUGGUGGACAAAGACUACAGGAAACACCGGUUCGGCCGCGUCCUUGUUGAGGAGCUGCACCGCUGGGUCCAAGAUGAUGCAAAGGCGGCGCAACGGCCCGCAGUCAUCGAAUGCCAUUCUCAGAUCCCUGCAAUGGGAUUCUACGCCAAAUUCGGAUACAUUCCAGAGGCAAGUCGCUUCCACGAAGAAUUUCAUUCCUGGGCUUAA